AUGGCAACCGUAGACCGCGCCUUCACCCAAGUCCGCACGCUCUUCGGCAGGCUGCGAUUCUUCCGCCACGGCUGGGGCGACUGCGCCUCCGUGCACCGCACGUGGCUCUCCUCCAUCCGCACGGGAAGCACGCCCACGCCCUCGCCUGCCGAAAUCUCCUGGACGCCGCUCCCGCUCAACCUGUCCCUAGGCACCUUCCGCUCGCCCAGCGCCCCCUUCCUCCCCGCGGCGAGCGCCACGGCGCGCAUCCUCUACGUCCCCGCCUUGCCGAGGGCGCCGCCCGCGCCGGUGGUGCUGCAUCUGCCCGCGACGGGCGACCACGGCUUCCUGCGCCGCCUCUUCUUCUACGCCCUGUGGCUGCGCGUGCGCGGCGUGGCCAGCGUCAUUCUCGAGGGGCCGUUCUACGGGCGCCGCCGCCCGCCGACGCAGCGCGGCGCGCUGCUGGACUACGUGCAGCACCUCCCCGACCUGGGCCGCGCCACCAUCGAGGAGAGCCUCGCGCUCCUGGCGUACUUGCGAGAGCAAGGGUUUGAGAGGCAGGCGAUUGCCGGCGUGUCGCAGGGCGGCUUGCAUGCCGCCAUGGUCGCUAGCUUGUGCGAGGGCAGCGUGCCCGCCGUGAUGGCGUUCGCACCACACUCGGCCGCACCCGUCUUCACGAAAGGCGUCCUCGCCGAUGUCGUCGAUUGGGACGCUUUAGGAGAGGACUGGGGCGAUGGGGCUAGGGACAGGUUGGGGCAGGUGCUGGAUGUGACACACAUUCGAAAUUUUCCCAUCAGAGAGGACCCCGGCAGGCAUGUCCUCCUGUUCGCGCAGGACGAUCGGUAA